AUGGGGGGCUCUCGCUCCCGAGCAUCUCGCAGGCGUCCGCUGCAUUCCAAGUCGCAAACUUCUAUCGAUUUGCUCGCCAUAUCUCAUCAACUCCAAAACGAUCUUCGAGGGACCACUGCCCAUCCCCAGUUACUGUCCCUUCUAUCAAACAUUUCUGCUCCCCCACUGCCUUCCUUUCAAGUCGAGCUCGGUGCUGCCCUUCAUCUCCACAUUCUACAAUGCCCCCCGGCCUCACCUUACAUCCGUUUCCGCCUGGCGCAACUCUGCUCAUCAUUACCACACUGGCACGCCUCCUCACCUUCCGCCUCUCUUUCCACUGCUGAAGCACUAGCCACAUCCUCUUUGUCUCCAACAUCCUCACGCGAUGCCUCUGCGCUCUCCGCCUCAUUAUCCUGCGUCGCCGCUAUCGCUCGCGCCGCACUCCCGAGCCGUCCCGCUCGUGAACAGGUAGAGCGCCACGUACCCUCGCUUGUCGAACCAAUACAUGUUGCUCUCUUUACGUCGCGUCCAGCCCCACUUGCAGACCCCAACUCGGACAGCGGCAGUGGUGCACAAUCGGAUCGCGACGGUUUAUCGUCCUACGCGCCCCGUCUCCACACCGUCAGGUAUGCAGCGCUCAACGCCUUGCAAUCUCUUGCAGGUGUCGCCAGUCGCGCCCUCAUCCCGUUUUGGGGUAUGUUUCUUCCAGACCGGGACGGCGUUCCACGUCGCGCUGCCGGAGGCCGAGACACUCUGGCCUCAAUUAUUUUGUUUGAGAGAGACGUGCAGUUGAGGUCGACAGCAGUUUCGACUGUCACCGCCCUUCUAGCAAGCACAAGGACAUUUAUUCAAAAGGCAACCCAGUUCGCACGCCCAACGAAUCCGCAAACUUCGGUUUCAUUCACUUCUGCAAGCUCUCGCGUCUUGCGUGCCAGUGCGGCAUUGUACACUGUAGUUGCGUCGGCGUUGGAAUCAGAAAGCAGCGGUGUAGUUACCGCGAAGCUCGCGAAGCUAGGUGCGGAACUUGCUUGGAGCAUGCCUGUUCCGGCUGUCCCGCAUGAGAAGGCUGUUCUUCUUGCACAAGCGUUGCGAAGUCGGCUGCUUGAUGAAGAGAACACAGAUUUGACUAGCCGUGCUGCGGCAGCCUCUGCUAUCGCUGUAUUGGUCGCAAAGAGCGGCGAAAAUAUUGCUUUGGACGAGAUAGAGCAGUUUUGUGAGGACUUUAUCAGGGUAUUAAGGAAUCGUCAUGGCAACCAGCCAGCAUUAGAAAUCCUAACCGUACUGCGGAACAUUGUCUUUGUACACCCUCAUUUAUUUCGAAGAAUGCUGCACGGAUGGCACUUGCCUUUGAUCGACUUGGAGAGGGAAGAGCCGGCAACUGGACAGUCGUUGCACUGUAUACGAAUCGUUGAAACCUAUAUUUCGCAAACAGUCAAGUUGCUUCAAGGGAAGCCGCGACGUGCUGGCGAUGGAAAUGAAAUAGACGAUGUUCGCGUUGAGGUGUCUUUGGCAUGGGAGCUUUACCAUACGCUUCUUCAUAGGGUUGUUCAGGAUCGCACACAUCCUGGCCAAGGCUCAGCCAUCAAUGCUCUUGGAAGUGUUUUGUUAUUGUCAGAUAUAGUAAGUCCUCUUGCCAACCAGAAGCAUGUCGCUGCCUCUUCAUGUGAAGCUAGCUGCUUUGAGAACAGACAUUCUACCACGGUACAGAACGCUGUGGGUCUGCUCAAAGGAGUUGCUGUAUCCAACCAAAGUGAUACCACGAGAAUAGGCUCCAUCAAAUCGCUUGCAUGCGUACCGGUGAGAAAAGUUUCGAUCGAUGUGCUCUCAGAAAUCGUUGGUUGCCUCGAUGAUGAAAUGCGAAGCCUGUGCAAUGCACCUAGCGUGCGGGGAAAAGCCAUGAGUUCAUUUGCAUCUUUGAUGGAGAGAAUUCUGCGCGAACUGCCUCAGCAAAACGACUUUUUCUUUUCUAGGCUCGACUCCGCUUCGGAGUUUGCUGCUCAAUAUUUGAAGCUAGGACAAGGUAAAGAGAUUCAGCGAAACGUGCGAACCAACAGAUCUGGAGCUGAAUCAAGUGACAUCGCUGCUAUCAAUCUUGUUGUGUGUGCACUUCAAGAGUCCUCUACAUCUAAUCUGAAGGUUUCUGUUUCACAACACCAACGGUCAAGUCGAUGGUGCGAACAAGCUCUAGUCUUGUCGAACGUUUUGAAGGGUGAGAAACCAGUCAACACCAAGUGCAUGUGUUGCAGAGCCGUUGGGAAGAUUUUGAUGAGCAUAGUUUCAGGUUGUUCAGAGGCAUUAACGAAACCAAGAGAGAUCUUGACAGAAGCAGUCAGAUGGUCUCUUGAAAACGGUGAACUUCGCAUGCAACUUGUAAGUGCAAUUGUAUUGCUGGACCUUCUUCCGGCGAGGACGGCACCUACAUAUUUUCUUGAUUCUACGAUCUGGAAUGUGGGCCUUUUUGAGAAAGCUUCCGCCAGGUAUAAAUCAGAGGAUAUGGACACCAAGGAAAGAUUGCAUCUGACUGCAAUUCAAGACACUCUUGCUGAAACAAUUUGUCAAUCACUACAGAGAUGUGAUUAUGAGAUGAUGGGAAAGCUUUCCGAGAAGUGGAAAGGGGAUCAAGUCGAAGAAUUGCAUCUGAAAAAGUUACGCGAAGCAGUGUUUCGGCAUCUGUCACUUCCCUUGACCGUAACUCGGCACAUGAGUAUGACUGCGGAUGGACAAGUUACAUCAGAACAUCAGAACGCGAAGUCAUUUUUAGAUACGCUAUCUGAAGACUCCCUGCUCAUCGUUCGAAAGGUUUUGACAGUUCAAAAGCUGUUGGCCGAUGAUUGAAACUCUUGUUCCUAUUCCAUUUUUUUGCGAUGCAUAUGCAGUUUGGUUAAUCCCAUUGCUCUCACUGGCGACAGUAUUGCAGUCGUCAAGCUGGCAGUGGUUGCAUUCACUGUAACCACAAAUUUCAUCAGCUGCUCUCUGGGAAACUGCAACGGGACAGCAACAAAGCAUUUGACUGCAUCACUUCAGCGGCUACGGUAUUAAAGCAAGUGAAGUGGACACCACUGAGGGACGUACAAAAGAUGUACGGCCUCCGCUACAGCAUACACGUGUAAUAUAAUCUAAAAUCGAUAUGUUGUUGGCGUUUCCACACGCUCGUGUUCCGCCCAAAAGACCAUGCACAGCCUGUCCGUCUUCCUGGAUAAGAAAACCGUUGAGGUCUUUGAUCUUUGCGAGCAUCUCUUCCUCAAUAGGUUUCCAAAGUGAUUGCAUUUGAUUUCUCUUCGGCUUGCCAACGAGUAGCCUUGCCUACCCAAAUUAUUUAGGGCAACAGAGAAUAAAAGAGAUCAAGUCUUUGAAUAUGCAGAAA